AGGUUUAUGUGCCAACAUGUCUUCCCACCUGAUUCCUUCUCCGUCAUUUGGUGUCCUGACUUCUCCUGUCCAGUAGCUAUGGACUCUUUAUGAGCGACAUGAAUUCUCCUCGAGUGACUGAUUUAUUUUUACUUGCGUACUUAACUUCUUCCACUGUAUCGGAUUGAUUCCUUUGUGAGAACAUAUUGUACGACCAGAAUGAAGAUGUCGAUGUCCUUGUCGUCUGUCCUGCAGAAUUUCUUCUUUGGAGAAGGCUCUUCUAUGCCGCAAACUGUUGGCGAACUGGAAGAGGCGUCUAUGGGGUACCAUCCUACGAGUACCUCGAGCAGCAUGAGUGGUUCUUCUAGCAGGCGGACGAGUAGCUUCCUAGGAGAAGAAACAAAAAGCUUCCUAGAAGCAGGGGAGAGUUCUCUUCCUAGUAGACGUAGACCGUCUUCGUUUCUUCGAUUUCCAGAGACGUAUCCCGCAGCAAAUAUGCCUCCCGAAGCUGCUGCGCGCAAGUGGGCCGUCAUCGCUGCCGAUGCGCAACAGCAGGCACAGAAAAUUGCGAGUGAACAAGCAAUGCUAGAGCAAAUGAGCUCAUCGAAUUUGGCCAAAUUGCUGGUAACUUGUAGAGUCUGAAGUUCUAUGAAUGCACAACACAAAGUUCGACGUUUUUGAAAGCAUAGUAGGUACUAAUGGUCAUGUAAUUUUUUUUGCGUCCCAUGCUAGCUUCCUCACACACAACCAGUCGCUGAACCAAACGGCGCAACAAGCUGCGGAAUCCGCGCAAAGAGCUGCUGCUGCCUCUGUAGCCAAGGACUUGGGCAUGAGUGUUGCGGCGAUACCUACGAGUAGCAGUCUGGCGUGAAGUAGAAUGGGUUCAGGGCAGUUUUGACGUGGUUGCGAUCGUAUUUGUGAUCGAUUAGGCGAAUGCUGUACAACUAUCCAUGACUGUACUAUCUGAGGCACUGGACGGGUCGUGUCACAUGACGACGGUGUCUUCAAUUGUAAAGAAUGGAUGUUGCGACCUUGUGCGGUGUGGCGUCUAGUCGCUAUAAGUUGGACUAAUG